AUGGUGGCAUCCGGGAUGGAGCCAAAUGUCGCCUGGCGUGUCUCCAUGGUGGUGCCGGCGGUCAUGUUCGUGAUUUGCGCCAUUUGCAUGAAGCUCAUGUGUUGGGAUAUGCCUACGGCUCGCAAAUACGAUCCCACCGUGACCGGCAAGACACAAAAGCCUUCAAUGUGGGACUAUGUCGAGGUGCUGCGUGACGUUCGCGUCGUCGUCAUGAUCUUCCAAUAUUCAGCAUGUUUCGGCACAGAACUCGCAAUGAACAAUCAGUUGGCUACGCAUUUUCGGACCUACUUCCAGAUGGAUGCAGGUGAUGCCAGCGCCCUGGCGGGUGCUUUCGGCCUCAUGAAUCUUUUCGCAAGAUCUCUUGGUGGCAUCAGCAGCGAUAUUUGCUACAAGUACUUCGGCUUCCGCGGCCGCAUUUGGGCUCAGUUCCUGGCACUUUUUUUCGAAGCUAUCUUUCUAUUCAGCUUCGGACAAGUGGACAAUUCGCAGCCCUGGUACGUGGCCUUGGCAGUCUUGGUUUGCUUCUCGCUCUUUGUGCAGAUGGCUGAGGGCACCUCCUACGGCAUCGUGCCGUUCAUGAACCGGAAGCAGCUCGCAGUGGUGUCCGCUCUUGUGGGUGCUGGUGGAAACCUCGGGGCAGUGAUUGCAGGCUUCUGCUUUUACAAGCCGAUCCAGGAUGCCCUGCUGCCUUUCCAGGUCCAUGCGGGCUAUGUAAUGUUUUGGGCUCUUCUGAGCCCUUGUUACUACUGGUCCGAGACUGGUGGGAUGUUCUGCGGACCAGCACAAAGCUUCGAGAAGGGCAAGACCAAUAGCAGCGAGCCAGAGCCGCACACAAAGCCCGAGGCCACCAGUGAAAUCACUGUGUGA